AUGCCUCGCGCUCCUCGCAAGCAGUCCAAGACCGCCAAGGUUCCCCGACGACCUUUUGAGUCGGCCCGUCUCGACAGUGAGCUUAAGCUCGCUGGUGAGUACGGUCUGCGCAACAAGCGUGAGAUCUGGCGCAUUGCCCUCACCCUCUCCAAGAUCCGACGUGCUGCUCGUGAGCUCCUCAAGCUCGACGAGAAGGACCCCAAGCGUCUUUUCGAGGGCAAUGCCAUCAUUCGCCGUCUUGUGCGCAUUGGUGUGCUCGACGAGUCCCGCAUGCGUCUCGAUUACGUGCUCGCCCUCAAGAUCGAGGACUUCUUGGAGCGUCGUCUUCAGACCCAGGUCUUCAAGUCUGGUCUUGCCAAGUCCAUCCACCACGCCCGUGUCUUGAUCGUUCAGCGUCACAUUCGUGUCGGCAAGCAGAUCGUCAACGUUCCUUCCUUUGUCGUUCGUCUUGACUCGCAGAAGCACAUUGACUUUGCUCUCACCUCGCCUUACGGUGGUGCCCGUGCUGGUCGUGUUAAGCGUAAGCGUGCUGCUGCCGCCGCUGCCGCUGCCGGCGGUGACGACGCCGAGGAGGACGAGGAGUAA